AUGGUCAACAUUAAGGUCUUCACGAGCAGCUUCGUGCUCUUCAAUGCUGCAUGUGCCGCAGUCACCAAGAGAAACGACAAUCACCAUUCUGGCAAAGGAGGUUCUGUACCUACCGCGCACGUCAAGAAUGGUACUUACACUGGCUACUACGCAGCUGCAUACGGCACCGACAACUUCCUUGGAAUGCCAUACAGUCAACCUCCUGUUGGCGAACUACGCUUCCGCGUCCCUCAAUCACUCAACGGAACCUGGUCUGGAACUAAGAACGCCACUGAGUAUAGCCCAGAAUGUAUUGGCUAUGGGAAAGAUACCUGGAGCCAAGGCAACUAUGUCAGUGAAGAUUGUCUGACUCUCAACGUGAUCAAGCCAGCCGGUUCAUGCGAGAAACUCCCUGUACUUGUCUGGAUCCAUGGCGGAGGUCUUGUGAUGGGCGGUAGUGGAGACCACCGAUACAACCAGUCCUUCAUCGUCCAACAAUCCGCCGAAGCAGGAAUGCCAAUCAUUGCUGUCAGUAUCAACUACCGUCUAUCUUCAUGGGGCUUCCUCUACGGACGCGAGAUUCAAGAAACAGGGCAGACCAUGAACGGCUUCAGAGAUCAGCGCCUUGCUCUUAGAUGGAUCCAGGAGAAUAUCGCUGCCUUUGGAGGUGAUCCAGGCCGCGUCACUAUCCAAGGUGAAUCUUCAGGCGGAACUAGUGUUGGAGCACAACUACUGGCAUACAACGGAAGGGACGACAACCUCUUCCAUGGAGCUAUUGCUGAGUCAGGAGCCCCCGUCAGCCCCAGUCCUGACUUCGAUGUUGAUGACUGGGAGCCUGUGAUUGCAAAUAUCAGCCGAGCCACAGGAUGCAAUGGUCGUGGUUCUGUACUUGAAUGUCUUCGCAAAGUACCCGUUGAACAGCUCAAUGCUGUCAUCAACUCCACUGUCACGAGAGCAGCUCGCUAUGGCCCUGUUGUCGACGGAGAUUGGUUCACACAGACUGCAUCACAGGCAUUAGAGAAGGGUGAUUUCCUCAAGGUCCCAUACAUCAUCGGUGUCAACGAGGCUGAGGGUGUUGGAUUUGGACCUCAACACAUCAACACAACCCAACAGAUCAUGGACUACAUUGUGAGGUCUGGCUACGACAAUGCUACUGCUCACGAUAUUGCCAUCUUGUAUCCUGAUAUCCCGGCUAUUGGUGUGCCUGAUACCCUUUACGGUCGACCGAACUCUACUAUUGGACUUCAAUACAAGCGCAGUAACGCCAUCGCUCAGGACAUGAGUAUGAAUGCUGCAAGACGUUUGACCGCACACUGGUGGGCAAGACAUGGCGCAAAGUCCUACACCUACAUCUUCGAUGCCAUCGUCAACGGUCUCUCUUACCUCACCGGAGCAGUGCAUUUCCAAGAGGUAGCUUUCGUCUUCUACAACACAGAAGGUCUUGGCUACCCUCAAAAUGGUGGUCCCAACCCACUAGGCGGACCAGAGCGCGAGUCGCUUCUUGUUCUAGCCAAGCAAAUGUGCCGUAUGUGGAUCAGCUUUGUCAACUACGGUGAUCCAAAUAUGCAUCUCGGUGUGCCAGCAGAGCCUUGGGUUGCUGUUGAUGCAGAUGAGCCCGAGUACUAUUACUUCCAGCAGAAUACAUCUUCCAGCUCUUUCCCGGAUACUGUGCGUGCUGAGGGUGUGAGCUACUGGGAGGAGCUCAUCAUGGCACGUAAAGGUACCAAUUGUACUGGUAUUGUUGCUUGUGGUAGCACUUAUAACGGCGAUCUCGGUAAUCUAUAA